GAAAGAGAGACUCCUGGAUGAUAUGACCCAGGAAGUGAGAGAGAAAGAGAGACUCCUGGAUGAUAUGACCCAGGAAGUGAGAGAGAAAGAGAGACUCGAAGAACCAAAUAAUGGAACAGAGGGACAAACUAGUAGAAGAGAAAGAAAACCAACUGGAAGAGAAGGACAAGCAACUAAAGGAUAGAGACAUUCAACUAGAGGACAGAGACCACAGACUGGGAGAGAAGGACAAACAACUAAAGGAUAGAGACAUUCAACUAGAGGACAGAGACCACAGACUGGGAGAGAAGGACAAGCAACUAAAGGAUAGAGACAUUCAACUAGAGGCUCUGAGAAAGAACCUGCAGGACAAGAACAGCCAAGUAGAGAACUUCAGAGUCCUACUGCAGGAAAAAGACCUUCAACUAGAGGACAGGAACCACAGACUGGGAGAGAAGGACAGACUACUGGAAGAGAGAGACAAACUACUGGAAGAGAGAGACAAACAACUGGAAGAGAGAGACAAACAACUGGAAGAGAGAGACAAACUACUGGAGGGAAAAGAAAACGAACUAAAAGAUAGGAGACAGGAAGUAGCAGAGAGGAGACAGGAAGUAGAAGAGAAAGACAACCUACUAGAGGAGAGAGAGAACCAGUUAAAGGAGAGAGACAAACAGGUGGAGGAUGUCAACAAUGAAAAUGCUGAACUGGUGAGAGGAGAGACCUCAGAUACAGACCCCACACUUCCACUGAGGAGGACAAACAGCAUGGAGUUACCUCAUCCAUUUAUGGGAGGAGAGAGCAGCAGUCCAGACUCCCCAGUGUCUCCCAAAUAACAGAACUGGAGAGACGGGUGAAAGAAGAGGAGUACUGGGGGAAGAAAUACAAACACCUUUGUCUGACAAAAUGUGGAGUGUUUUCCCAUUAGAAAGACGUCGCCCAGAUGUCCUUUGGUUGGUGGACCAUUCUUGAAACACACAGGAAUCCCAACAGCAUUGCAGUUCUUUACACAAGCCAGUGCUCCAUGCACCUGUUACCAGACCCCGUUCAAACACAUUUAUAUACUGCAUCUUGCCCAUUCACCCUUUGAAUGGCAUUCAUACACAAUCCAUGUCUCAAUAUCCUUAUUUAACCUUCCUCCUCCCCUUCAUCUACACUGAUUGAAGUGGAUUUAACAAGUGACAUGAAUAAGGGAUCAUAUCUUUCACCUGGAUUCACCUGGUCAGUCUAUGUCAUGGAAAGAUCAAGUGUCCUUAAUGUUUUGUACACACAGUGUAUGUCUACAGUGACUUGAUGAGUAAUACAUUAGAUUAUUGUUCUGUUGCUGUUGAGACAACUGUUUUGUGAAGGGGUUAGAGAGGAGACUAGUUAGAGAGACAACUGUUAUGUGUAGGGGUUAGAGAGGAGAGUAGUUAGAGAGACAUCUGUUUUGUGUUAGAGAGGAGACUAGUUAGAGAACUGUUUUGUGUAGGGGUUAGAGAGGAGACUAGUUAGAGAGACAACUGUUUUGUGUUAGAGAGGAGACUAGUUAGAGACAACUGUUUUGUGUAGGGUUUAGAGAGGAGACUAGUUACAGAGACAAUUGUUUUGUGUAGGGGUUAGAGAGGAGACCAGAUAGAGACAACUGUUUUGUGUAGGGGUUAGAGAGGAGACUAGAUAGAGACAACUGUUUUGUGUAGGGGUUAGAGAGGAGACUAGUAACAGAGACAAAAGUUUUGUGUAGGGGUUAGAGAGGAGACUAGUUACAGAGACAACUGUUUUGUGUAGGGGUUAGAGAGGAGACUAGAUAGAGACAACUGUUUUGUGUAGAGGUUAGAGAGGAGACUAGAUAGAGACAACUGUUUUGUGUAGGGGUUAGAGAGGAGACUAGUUACAGACAACUGUUUUGUGUAGGGGUUAGAGAGGAGACUAGAUAGAGAGACAACUGUUUUGUUUAGGGGUUGGGAGAGCAGGCGGAGCCUUCUACCACUACUACUACUACUACUACUACCAGUACUACGACUACCAGUACUACUACUACUACUGGUACUACUACUGGUACUACUACUAACACUACUACUAAUACUGCUACUUCUACUACUACAUCUUCUCCUCUUGGACAGCAGUUUGAGAAGACCAGAGGAAGUGAUGGAGCAUCAGUCUGAAUGCAGAUGUCCAUAUGACUGGGGCAGCAGGGUAGCCUAGUGGUUAGAGUGUUGGACUAGUAACUGGAAUGGUUGCAAUUUGUGGGGAAUUUAUAUUUGAUGAGACCAUUUUCGAUGUUUAGGGAGGCUAGGUUGUAUCCCAUCUCAAUAUUAGACUGUUUUUUAAUAAAGAUUGUAACGAAAAUCCUGAUAAGAAGAGUUAUAAUUCUGAUGUAGGGUUAAAGGUUAGAUUAAGGUUAAGGUUAGAUUUGAUUAAUGAUGGGUGAAGAGUCGGAUAAACAUUUAUAAUAAUGUUGGUUAUGUGUCUAUUCAUAUGAUAAUCUGAUAAACCUUUAUAGUAAGGUUAGUUAUAAGUCUAUUCGUAUGAUAAAUCUGAUAAACCUUUAUAAUAAGGUUAGUUAUAAGUCUAUUCGUAUGAUAAAUCUGAUAAACCUUUAUAGUAAGGUUAGUUAUAAGUCUAUUCGUAUGAUAAUCUGAUAAACCUUUAUAGUAAGGUUAGUUAUAAGUCUAUUCGUAUGAUAAAUCUGAUAAACCUUUAUAAUAAGGUUAGUUAUAAGUCUAUUCGUAUGAUAAAUCUGAUAAACCUUUAUAGUAAGGUUAGUUAUAAGUCUAUUCGUAUGAUAAAUCUGAUAAACCUUUAUAGUAAGGUUAGUUAUAAGUCUAUUCGUAUGAUAAUCUGAUAAACCUUUAUAGUAAGGUUAGUUAUAAGUCUAUUCGUAUGAUAAUCUGAUAAACAUUUAUAAUAAGGUUAAUUAUAAGUCUAUUCGUAUGAUAAUCUGAUAAACCUUUAUAGUAAGGUUAGUUAUAAGUCUAUUCGUAUGAUAAAUCUGAUAAACCUUUAUAGUAAGGUUAGUUAUAAGUCUAUUCGUAUGAUAAUCUGAUAAACCUUUAUAGUAAGGUUAGUUAUAAGUCUAUUCGUAUGAUAAUCUGGUAAACCUUUAUAAUAAGGUUAGUUAUAAGUUAUAAGUCUAUUCGUAUGAUACAUCUGAUAAAAAUAAGUUUGUUCAUAUUUUUGUUUUUUUAUGUUUGAUAAAAUUAGAUGUAGAUUUGAAUGUAUAAUAUUUAAUCAAAGGGAGGAUUGUUGGAGGAAAUUAUAGUUUAAAUGACUAAUUAUGUAUACAUUUAAAUUAGAACCAUUUAUUUUAAUACUAUUAUGUUAUGGUAUGAAAUGUAUGGGUUCUUGGUUAAGCUGUUACUGAAAAUGUAAGUAGAACGAAUUAAUUGUCUGUACCUUGCGGGAAAGGGAGAAGGAGGGCAUAUAUCCUUUCAGACAGAUAAGAAUGUUUGUUUGAUGUUCCAUUAGUGGAGAAAAGUAUAUAUUUUAGACAGAUUGGAAUGUUAGUUUUAUGAGGGGAGUAGAAGACAAUUUCCAGACCCGAAGACACUGCGCUAUUGUGUGGAUCGGAGAGGGUGUGAGAAACUGAUGACGUCAUUUUAUGUUCUCUCCUUAAAAUGUAAUGUUCUUUGUAUUUUGAGUCAGUACUCAUCAAGAAUAAAUGCUGAACUUGUUUUUAA